AUGCUGAGCGAUCUGACAGCUGAGACAAUGCGGUUGGUGGAUGACUACUUGCAGCACUACCUGAGUGGUUCAGCGCUGUCUCACAGCCACACAGCCAAGACCCUGUGGAGAGUGGCUGACAAGCUGGAGAGCUGUGAGAAGACAUUCUUUCACUCAAUUUGCUGCACAGCAAUCUUGCCGGAGCCUGGUAGGGCAGCCGCCCACUUGAGCCGUGUGGCGAUGCAGAUGGAAUCUGAUGGUGGGCUUAACUGCGGCCGAGUAGUGGCGCUGUUUGUGUUCACCGGCACCUUGGCAACUGCACUGGCUGACAAGGGGGCCCGCGAGGAGAUUGGCAGCCUGACAAAGGCAUUGGUCAUCUAUCUGUCUGUAGAGAAGCGUGAGUGGCUAGAGGUGCAUGGUGGCUGGAAUGAGUUCUACCACUACUUCAACAAACACGGUUCUGAUUCAAUCAACCGGUACGAUACCAAAAGCAACACUUUCAUAGCAACUGCAGGAUUUGUCCUAGCAGGAUUGGCUUUCCUCUUGGCUGUGCGAUAA